GCUAUAAUACCAGCAAUUGCUAAAGUCCAAUCGUAUCGACCCAUCACUGCAUUUCUUCACACUCGUCCCAUCAUGAUGAAUGCCGCCGUAGAUGCGGUCAAGUCCACCGUUGCUGAGAACUUUGGCAAAAUGAUCCCAGCCCACGAUGCCGCAUCAAAAGACUCACAAUUCUCUCUCGAACAAGUUCCAGACCUCUCUGGAAAAGUAGCAGUAGUCACAGGAGGGUCCGAGGGCAUUGGCUACGGAUGCACGCACACUCUUCUCUCUCACAAUAUCUCGAAACUCUUCAUCAUCUCCAAGUCCGAGGAUGUAGUCAAGGACGCACUUGACGCCAUCAAGACCGAAAUGGGUGAGGCCGCUGCUAAGAAAGUCGAGUGGCUUCAGUGCGACCUAUCAGACUGGGAGGCAACAGGAAAGACAGCAUUCACCAUCACCGAGAAAACCGACCGCGUGGACAUCCUCAUCAACAACGCCGCAAGGGGCAUAAUGACCGCCCAGAAGGACAAGAACGGAGUCGAUCUGCACAUGUCAGGAAACCAUAUCGGCCAUGUCAUCCUAACAAGCCACCUCCUCCCUCUCCUCAAAGACACUGCCAAAAAGGGAGACAAAGUCCGCAUCGUGAACCUGUCCUCGAACGCCCACCAGAACGCCCCCAAAGACACAAAAUUCGAAAGCCUGGAGGAACUGAACCAGGAUCUCGGUCCAAUGGCUCAGUACGGAAGGACGAAACUGGCUACCCUUUUGUACUCCAAAUAUCUCAAUCGCCACCUCACUUCCAACUUCCCAAAUAUUCUGGCGAACGCCACGCACCCCGGUUUCGUGGAUACGCGUCAGUCGAGCGAACUCAUCCUUGAGGCGUAUCCGCUGGGUGGAUAUGCGAUGACGCAUGGUCUCAAUCCGUUCAAGAAGACACAGUUCGAGGGGGCGGUUUCGACGAUGUUUGCAGCGACAGUGACGGAUAAAAGUGGACAGUAUAUUUGUCCGCCGGCGAUCGUGGAGAAAGGUAGUGAUUUGGCAAAUGACGAUGCACUGGGAGAACAGUUGAUGGAUUUGACAUGGAAGAUCGUGAAGGAGAAAACGAAGAAGUCUUCCGCUGAUCAGGGAUGUCCUUUCAAGGAACAUUGA